GAAGUGAAUCCAGAAGGUGGCAGAAGUAAAAAUGAGUGCGGAGGUGGAGAGACAGCUGUCGCCCGCAGUUGGCAACGAGUCGUCCGCGUCGAAUGUGGAGCGAUUACGUAGAUCGUCAAACCGUACGUACGCGUCACGAAGAUUUACCUUGUCCUUUAUCACUAACGGUACCCUUAGAAAAGGACAAGGUUCAUAGAUACGAGAAUGGUUCUCUUUUUCACGAAGGUACUUUAUAUCCUACCAAUUUAUACUGGACCAAUAACGAUUCCGUACGUGGAUGUAUCUGCGAGCUACGGCCAUGUCUGAGAAAAUGCUGUCAAGACGGGGAGGUUCUCAGCGACGGCGAAACACCGAAUUGUACAAAGUUACAAAAUCACGACGUUCUUCCGGAUUUACGAUUAAAGAAAGACCAGUUGACAUCUGAAAUUCAAAAUAUACGAAGCAUCGCCAAUCAUUUUGCUAUUUUGCGUAAUAAAAUCUGUCAUAAUAAUAAAACUUAUAUACUGGACCCGGAAAAGUACGAAGAGGAUAAGAUUACGAUCGAAGCCAAUGGUAUUCUUAGAAACGAAGAAAAUAUUUAUCCACAAUGGAUGUAUUGUAUUGAUUGGGAUCAAUCUUUGAAGAAGAUUAUUGUUUUAAUAUGUUUUCAACAAGAAGAGGAAUUACCAUUACUUACCACUCAAAUAUAUCCGAUCAUGACGAUAGUGUCCAUACCUUUCCUCAUCAUUACUUUUUUGGUUUACGCCAUCAUACCGGAACUUCGAAAUAUUUAUGGAAAAACUCUUAUGUGCUAUGUUGCUUGUCUCACGAUAUCCUACUGUUUUCUCAUCAAUUCACAAUUCAAGUAUUUGCCUCGUAAUAUCUGCAUACCCGUAGAAAGCACAACGGACGAGGAAGCACUCAUUCCAAGGCAAAAUACGGAAGAAGAUUAUAUUCGAUAUUGUGUUCCGGAAGGAAAUUGUCUAUCGUUUUGUUGUCCUCCUGGUUUCUACACUCUUCCGAAGAACAAGUGCGAAAGGAUAAAAAAUACAUCGAUACCUUUGCCACGAGUUUACGCGAUGGAUCUCUCACCGAUGAAUGUUACUACGAACGACAAGAAUUUUCAUUUCUUAUAUUGGAAUCCUUGUAUCGGAGCUGUGAAGACUCCCUUGAAUCCUGCUAUUUAUCCAGAGGAACAAUUCUUCCUUCUACAAAACGGUUCAUUCUACUUGCCCUUUUCGGAAAAGGGCAAACAAAUAUUGAAUCCAAGACAGUAUUGUCUCUCCGUAAUAAAAUCCGUCGUCUUAAAAGAAUACCUUGUUAUCUAUUGCGAUAAGGAAGAAAUAAAAGGAAAGUCAGUUAUUCGUGGGAUCCUCAUUUCUCUCGGUAUGAUCGUAUCGAUACCAUUCCUUCUAGCCACGUGGUUGGUUUACACGCUAAUCAAGGAAUUAAGGAAUUUGCAUGGAUUCGUUCUACGUGCAUACAUCGCAUCGUUGACCAUAUCAUACACAAUUCUAUCGACAGUACAGAUUGCGCCACAAGAAUGGAUCUCAAACGUGUGCUGUAUUUUCCUUGCUUUCUUUAUGUAUUUCUUCUUUUUGGCAAGUUUUUACUGGUUGAACGUCAUGUGUUUCGACAUUUGGUGGACAUUUGGAGGAUUUCGAGCAUUAAGAGGCAGUAUGAAACAAAGAGAUAGAAAGAAAUUUAUAAUAUAUUCCAUCUAUGCUUGGGGAAUGGCAUUGUUGUUCACAGGUAUAUGCUUGAUUAUGGACUUUGCUCCUAACAUACCAGAGAGUUCUAUUCGACCACAAUUGGGAGCGGAAAGAUGCUGGUUUAAAUAUAAUACAGCGACGAAUAUAUAUUUUAUUGGACCUAUGACGAUAUCAGUUUUCUGUAAUCUAUGCCUAUUUAUCUCAACCGCUUUAAAAAUUCAAAAACAUAAAAGAGAUACGGCUCAUCAUCUAAGAGGUAGUGAAAGUAGACGCCAUGACGAUAAUAAGCAAUGGUUCAAUCUAUACUUGAAGUUGUUCAUCGUGAUGGGUAUCACUUGGUCAACGGAAAUCAUAUCCACAUUAUGGAAAGAAUCAGAUAAUUAUAUUUGGUAUGUAACAGAUGUGGUGAAUACUUUACAGGGUUUGAUCAUUUUCAUAACGCUCGUUUGCAAAGAAAAAAUUAAACGUCUAUUACUUAAAAGAUUUGGAUAUAACGAUAAUAAAUUUUUGUCGAGAAACUCUACUCGUAGCGUUUAUCACAGCUCAGCAUCUCGUACUACUUGUACAACAUUAACUAGUUUACCUCUUCAAGAUAAAGUCAAUGCAAAUAUUCGACACGAAGCAUUUGGCACGAGUAAAGAAAGUGCCGAAGAAAGCGACUGUCCUUAAAAUACAUAAUAAUAUUAUAAAAACAAAUCAAUGUGAUGUACAAAAUACAUUCGUUAAUAAGAACGUAUGUUUUUGAUGGAUGAUAGAUGAAAAAAAUAGCCGACAGGCUUAAAGAGAUGAGAGAUGAUUUUUACUUCGAAAAUAAGUUAUUCUCUCUUUAAAAUCAUAUACAUUGACAUACGGCUCUUCUUAUUCUUUAUUUCAUUUUUCAUUUUUCUUCGAAACCAUUUAUUUUUCUUUUAUAUUUCAUAAUUUCAUUAAUUUAUAAUAAAUAAUAGAUAUAUCAUGACAUUAGAAUAAAGGAGAUGGAAUCCGUGAAGAAUUAAACUACAACUAAUAUUAAAAGAACUGAAUAUUACAAAAAUUCAGUUCUUUUAAUAUUAGUUGAACAAUUUUUUAAAUAAAAAAUUAUUAAUAAACUAUGCAGGACAUAGUGAUCGAUCUAUUAUUAUUGUUAUUGAAUUUAAUGGCAAAGACACAUUUCACUUGUGAAAUUUAUAUGACAUUCUGGUAUCUCAUUUUACAGAUU